AUGUUAGACGAAGAACGGCUCAGAUCAGAAAGUUUAGAAAAUGUUAACGAAGAAAUGAGCACCAAACUUUCUACUCAAAAAUUUCAACUAGACGAAAUAAGCGCUAAAAAUGAAGAAAUAAAUAAAUUAAUUCAAAAAGUUAACGAUUUGGAGUGCAGUCUUGGAGAGCACAAACAGUGGUUGGAAGAUGCUAAUAAUAGAGCAAGUUAUUUGGAUAAUUUGAAUCGAGAAAAAGACCAAAGUAUUGAAGAAAUGGCAAAGAAAGUUGAGGAUAAGGAACAUGGACUUGCUGAAGUUACGACUUCGCAAGAAAUAAUGGAAUUGAAGUCAGUGAUUGAAAAUUUACGAAGAGAAGUGGAAGAAAAGAAUGAUUACAUUUGUCAAAUUGAGAAGGUCAAAGGUGAGGUUGAAUGGAGUUUGGGAGAACAUCGUCAGUGGCUUGAAGACGCUAAUAAUAGAAUCGGUACUUUGGAAAACGAAAAAUUAGAUGCAUGGAAAAAAGUUAGUGAGUUGGAAGAAAGAAUAGCAGCAACACAAAGUGAAACCUCCAUGUCUUCUGAUGCAUUCAAUGAAAUGAAGUCAACGUUGGAACAGUUAGAAUUGAAAUUAGCUGAAAAAGUUGACGAAUGCGAGAGGUUUAGCAGGCAGAAGACUGAGCUAGAAGUUAGUUCUGAACGUUUAAGGAUUAGCCUGGAAGAGGCGGAAAAAAGUGAAUUGCUGGCUGAACGGAAAAAAUUAGAGGAACAAAUUGAAGAAAGAGAUAAUCAGUUGGUUGAUAUUAAUAAAUACAAAAAUGAAUUAGAAAUAAAACUCAAUAAGCAAGAAGAAUUACUUCAAGAAGCUAAUAAUAAGAUUAAAAAGUUAGAAGAAGAAGCUUAUACUCGAAAAGAUUCAGUUCAAGACUCGAUGCAAAAACUUGACGAUCAAUUUAAAGAACUGAAGGAAGUAAAUGAAGAAUUACACAAAACUUUGCUGGAAAAACAAGAGGCUUUAUCAACGCUUCCAGAAGACGAUCAAAUGAUGAAGGAAAUAUGCCAACAAGAGGCUAGAAGUGAUGAAGUCUCAGAAUUGCUGUCUCAAACAAAUGAAGAACUUACGUCAGCUACACGCGAAAAUGAGGAGCUGAAGCAAGUAAUAGAAGAUUUACGCAGAAGUCUUAGUGGCAAGGAAACAGAGCUAAGUGAUUUGCAUAAAUUGAGAAAUGACACGGAAUGGUCCCUUGGAGAACACAAGCAUUGGUUAAACGAUGCUAAAAUUAGAAUUGAAGAACUAGAAAAUUCUGUCAAACAUCUGAAUGAAGAAGUGAUCAGUUGCAAUCAGCAGUGUGAAAGGUUAAAGGCCGAGAACAAUGAUUUGAAAGAAAAAACAGAGCAGACUGUUUCUGAGGAGGAAGAAUCCAAAAUCGACGAUCAGAUCAAUUUACUCUCGACAAUCGAUGCACUCAAAAGCCAACUCGAUCAGAAGGAGGCGGAGUUAUCCCAAUUAUACCAAAAUAAAAAUGAAGCAGAAUGGUACCUUGGCGAGCAUCGUUGUUGGCUUGCUAAUGCAAACCAAAAAAUCGAAGAAUUACAAAAGUUGCUUGAAGAAAAAGACAGAACCAUCAAAUCUUUAGAAACUGACGUACAAAACUACAUCACUCAAGCCGCUUGUGAAGCCGAAAAGUAUCAAAAACUAACAGAACAAGCAAGCCUUGUAGAGACAAAAUUAAUUGAAGUCAGCGAUAGUUUAGAUCAUACUGUUGAUUACAGAGCAUUAAUUGUUGUUGUAGCUGAAUUAAAGGAAAAAUUAGAAGCUAAAAAUAUUGAAAGUAGUAAAGUGAUGGAAGAGAAGGAAGAAAUUAGACUAAAACUUCAAGAUCAAGAACGGUUGCUCAAAGAUGUUCAAACUAGGAUCAAUAAUUUAGAGAAAAUAAUUGAAGAAAAAGAUGAUUCUAUCAUUCACGCUUAUCAGGAAAUCAAUGACUUAAAAACUGAAUUGGAAAUGGAAAGAUUAAAACAUCAAGAAUUUAUACAACAGUCAGAUCACAUCAAAAAUUUAGAACAACAACUUCAAGAAAAAACUGAAAUGCAACAGUUAUUCAAUACUGAAAAUGAAUUAAAAAUCCGAAAUUUGGAAAAUGAGCUGAGUGAUCGAAUCGCUCAGAUCGAUCAGUUGAAACAACAAAUUGACAAUCAAAAUAUUACUAUUAAAAUUGAAGUAUUGGAUAUUACACUGAUUGCAAAAGAUCAAGAAAUAUCUGGAUUACGCAGAAGAGUUCAAAGUAUUACUGCUUCUGACUCUGAAAUCGAUGAAGAAGAUGAAGAAUUACUCGAGGCUUUAGAUUGUCUCGAAAAGAAAUUGGGUGAAGCUCAAGAAGGAAAAUGCGAAUUGAAUUUCAUUGAGUGCAUAAAUGUGGUCUCAGACUUGAAAGCACGUCUAAGGACUAAACUUAUUAAAUGUGAAACUAUGAGAAAAGGCUGCGAAGAAACCGAAUGUCUUGCGCGAGAAGAGAGACUACGCUUGAAAGAAAAAAAUGCUCAAGUUGAGCAAUUAGCCAAGCUUCUAUCUAUAAAAGAAGAAUCUGAAUUAACAGUAAGGGAGCAAGUCAAGGAGAAUUUUUUUCUGAGUGCGUUGCAGUUACGAAGCCAACUUGAAAAAGCUCAGUGUAGACUGAAUGAUGCAUUGAAUUUUAUGACUCAAAUAGGUGAUAAGAUGUGUGAUGAAAGUGAAGAAGCAAAAUCUUUGUUUGAUGCAAUACAGAAAAUACGUGAUGAAGUGGAAUGGCAAAUUGCAGACGAACACAAACAACGGAUUGAAGAAAGGAACCAGAAGUGAUU